CAGAAAUAUGUCUAUCCGCUUCGCUCUUCUGUUGUUUUGUGCCGUCGAACUGUGGGAGCGAGCCCGCACAGCGCAGCGAUGUUCAACGGACCGCGAGUGCAGUCGUGGACGGAGAUGUGUUCCUCACCGUGACGUGACAAUUGCGUGCAGGAACGCCAGCUUCUGCGUCAGAGCGGACAAAGACACCUGCGACUGCCUGACCGGUUUCACCUGCCGACGUAUGAACUGCAACAAGACGAAUUUCGAAUGCAUAAAAGUGAAGAACCUGGAGACACGCUGCCAUUCCUACAGGGGUCCAUACUGUAGCCGAGAUGAGAUCUGUGCAUAUGAGAAGACCGAACUGAAGUGUAUUGUCAACUGCACCUGCUACGGUCAAUACAAGGCAGUGUGCGCUCGUACACUGGGCCAGGAGCCGUGCAAUGAUGGGAGUAUCGCCAUCGUCACACCUGGUGUCCCCGGAUACGUGUGCGACCCCUGCCGCUCUGAAACCGAGGACGCCGACUGCAACAACCAGACAAGAUGCGUCGCGCAUCGUAACUACGCUACAAAUUCGAUCUGCGAGACUCACAAGUACUGCGUUGGUGUGACGGACACGUCUUGUUCUUGUCAUGGCAAGUACAAGUGCCGGUUGACGGACUGCCAGGAAACUCCGUACGAGUGCUUGAUCCUCGAAAACCAGGAGACGAGGUGCGGCGGGGCAAAGGGCCCCAAGUGUGCGAUGAACGAGUACUGCGCCUACGGAUACGUCGGCUCAAACUGCAAGAAGUGUCCCUGCUACGGAUCGCAUCAGGCAACUUGCAUCCAGAAGCAGUCCAAGAAUCUGUGCAGUCCCGACAGCAUCGUGCGGCUGGACAAGGAUACAGGCUACACUUGUGACAGCUGCACCACGGCCGCCUCGGUUCUUACCGGGUCAGCGUAAAGGCGGGCCUCGUCGAUGAGAAGGAAACAAGAAAAAAAAUGAAUACAAUGCUCACGAGAGGGCGCAGAGAACUCUGAACGUGUGCGCGCCGCUUUACUUCUCGUGGCUAUGUUCUCGUUCCGCAUACAGAUUUGCGUGGAGAGUGUGCAAUUCAGCCGCAUCAAGGUGCUCGCAUUCAGAACGGAGGACGGGAGUGUCUGUGCACGACAAUGCAAGGGCGU